CAGUGGUUGGCUGUGCCUGUAUAUCACAGUGAUGAAAUUCAGCCAGUUCCAAGUCCAAUUUACCAAAGCCUUAACAACUAUGGAGAAGGGAAAUGUUGUGGAAGCAACAACAAGAUCUUCCAUGAGACAUGGUGAUGAGGAAAUUGAAGGCAACACCAACAUCUUACGCAUUGUGGAGACGUUCCUGCGUUUGUUUCCAAUUGGUUUGUGUGUGACGGCGCUUGUCAUUAUGCUUAAGAACUCUCAGGAAAAUGAGUAUGGCACGCUUGACUACACUGACCUUAGUGCUUUCAGGUAUUUGGUGCAUGCAAAUGGCAUUUGUGCAGGCUAUUCAUUAUUCUCAGCAGUCAUUAUUGCUUUGCCCCGCCCCUCCACCAUGCCAAGAGCUUGGACUUUCUUUGUGCUUGACCAGUUGCUUACAUACAUAAUCCUGGCUGCCGGAGCUCUGUCAAUGGAGGUGCUGUACCUGACUGAGAAGGGAGACCCUCCAGCAGCCUGGAGUUCAGCUUGUGGGUACUUUGGUCCAUUUUGUCACAAGGCCACAGCAUCAAUAGCUAUCACAUUUGUUGCUGUCAUUUGCUAUGUUGUGCUUUCACUCAUUUCCUCCUACAAGCUCUUCAGCAAGUAUGAUGCGCCAGCACCACCAAUGAGCAACUCCAAUAACAAUAACAAGGGCAUUGACAUUGCUCCUUUCCAUGGUUAACCCUAAACUUUGUGCUUGUGGUAUGCUGGUGAACACUAAUAUACAGCUAUGUAUAUGAAGGUGCAUUGGUCUGGACUCGGUUAAACAUGCUCAUGGUUUGGAUAAACACAAACUUGAAGUGCUUCUAAACUAAUAGCAUGUUUGGUUCAUGUUUAACUUUUAAUGAUCACUUCUUAGACUACAAGAGCUAAUAGAAGUAGCUUAUCUUAGAAGCACUUCUCAUCGCAACAUGAAAAUCUAUCGAAUUUCCACAUGAACAUUAAACAA